AUGGCCAAAUUACUGGUUGAAGCCAAAGCCGAUGUCGGACACCCCGACUGUCGAGGAUGGACUCCGUUGCACUGGGCCGCCGUCCAUGGACAUGACGAUUGUGUGAGGUUCCUGGCUGCCACUAUAAGCCACUCGGAUGAGGUUACCAUUGGGGGAGUGGAAACUGAUGACCAUGAUGGAGGAGUCGACACUCAGGAUGUGGAGGGUCAGACCGCCUUGCACUGGGCGGCUCGACAAGGCAAGCUGAGCACGGUGAUGAUACUGGUACGGGAGUUUGGAUGCCGUCUUGAUAUGAGAGACUCUUGGGGUCAGACGCCGGUAGAAGCUGUCGAGCGUCAGUUGAAGGCCAUUGAGUGGCUACACGCAGCCUCUUGCGUUGAUCGUCAGCUUUGGGGGUACACUCGAGUUGGACUGCUGGCCAAGAAGAGCGACAUAGUUGGUAUGAGGCAGCUGAUUGCAGCUGGUGUUGUUGAUGAUGACGAUGGUCAGCUGGUCAUCACUCAAGAGCCGAAUAGACUCGACGCUGAUGCUAUUGAGUAUGGUGCCGACAACCACACACAUUGGAUGAGACUAUUGAAGUCGACCUUGGAUGGAUCAAUGGAUGCCGUGAAGUUACUUCUUGCGAGAGGCGCUGAUCCUCGACUCGCCGUGGAUCUGCUCUAUUUGGAUGAUGAGCAGCAGCAGCAGCAGUCGGAGGAGGAGGAGGAGGAGGAGGAGGAGCUGACGGCCAAGAAGGAGGCGCUACUGAAGAUCCAUACGGAACUGCUCAACCUAGUCGAGGCCAAGAAGAGGUUAACGAGGAGGAGGAGGAAGGAGGCUUGGCAGAUGCGAGAUUGCUUAGAGGCUGGUGUCUGCCCUGACACAUUAGACGAUGAUCUCGAGAGGGGGAAGAUGUCGGCGUUAAUGUGGGCCUCCCUCAGGGGCCUCACUAUACUUGCUGGUAUAUUAUUAGAGACGGGGGCCGACGUGCAUGUUCGAGAGCGGCUGGGCGGCUGGACGCCGCUGCAUUUUGCAGCAGCUUCGGGGCACGACGAAAUCUGCGCUAUGCUCAUCAGGGCCGGAGGGUUGGAGCAUGCUGAUGACAGUCGAGGUUGGACAGCCUUGAUGCACUGCGCUGAUGUGGGCCGCUCGGACUUGGCUGAUCUUCUCAUCUGUGCUGGAGGCGCGUGUAGUGACAAAGAUAAGAAAGGUCGAACUGCAUCGGAUAUCGCCAUACAAGGCGGCUAUCUUGAGCUGAGUCAAAGUCUGUUACCUGCCGCUCGGAACAAGAGGAAGAAGAGUAUGAGGAGGGUAGAGAUGAUGCUUACGGACACGCCUACAACGAAAGGCCAUUGGGGAAGCGAGACGAAGAAGUCGGGCCCCCUAGGGGUGAGACUUGAGAAUCUACCACUUGAUAUGGAUGAAGAACGGCUCAUUGAGUGGUUGAUGGACACAAACGGUAUCAUCGAAAUCACUGAAUGUCGAGUCCUCGUGUGCCCUAUCACUAUGAAGCCUCGCGGUUAUGGAUUUGUCAGAGUUGAGGACAUUAGUGGAGUUGCCAAGUUGAUGGACCUGCAAGGCACAUCAUUCGGGGACAAUAAGAAGCUUCGAAUCGUUCAAGACGUUGGAAUACUAUCCGGCACUUCUACGUGGACGAUUGACGACUUGCCUAAAAUGGUGGACCUUGAUUGA